ACCUAGGGCUCCCUGGCAAACUGAGGCCCCUCUUCCUGCCAACUAAAGCCCCGUGGCCCCUCCCCUGCCCCUCGGGGAUUGUGAGCUAACAGCCGAGGGUGGGUGGUGAGAGGCUUGGGACGGCGCGGCUCUCCCUCUCCUGGGCUGGCCCCUCUCCACCGCCCAGGAAGCGGGGAAGGAGUGCGGGCCCCCACCCCAUCUAAGAAUGUCUGGUCCCCAGGUCAGCACACCAGUUUCUUCCUGACCAAAGAGCAGAGCCACGCCCAGAUGAAUGAAUUUUCCUGGAAGGAUGUUGCCAGUGCCUUGUCCGUGGCCAACAUGAUCCUGGGGCUCUUAUCCAUCUUCUGCAGUUUCUGCAAGAAGUCCCCCUGUGCCUCCUGGAUGCUUUUGGUCAGCUUUCUAUUAGACAUGGCUAUCGGGGCAAUGACCAGACACCUCAACAUCUGCUCCACAUCAGGAGCCAAGCUGAAUGACUUUGCUGUCUUCACCACCUUUGGCCUGGCCUCAGCCCUGCUUCUAGGCAUGGAUGGGCCUCUGAAUGGCUUCCUGGCCAUCAUCUAUGUGUUGGCUAUUUCAGUCCGCCUCUGUUUCUAUUCAGCUGGCGUUCCCUUCACAUACAAGGGUCUACCCUGCCCCUAUGCUUCCUGUGUUUUGGCCUCCACCUCCCUCCUGACCAAAGGCAACACAUUCAUUCUCUCUUGCAUGGCCACAUUCAUGAUUCUAUUCAUGAUGGACGAGAGCUACUACCCACAUGACGAAAUCCUGGAGUCUGAGAACUGGAAAAAAAUGGUCUAUCUGGGAGGUCCUACCACAAAAGCUCUGCGCCAGGAGUCAUCUGGAGGCUAUCUGGUACCGGUCGGGGUUCUGACACUUGGCAUGUGACUCUGGAACCUCAGUGAUCUCCUCUGGAAACCUAGGAUAACACCUGUUUUGGCUGGAUUGGCUGGAGGCAGGUAGGGCUCCCCGUCACAGCUCUCUCUCUCUAUACCAGCAUCAUCUCCAGCAGACUACAGGUAUACAGGCCCUCCUUACUCUCACCUCUGCUCUCUGUCUUUGCUUCAGCUCCUGCUGGGCUGAUUUCUGCUUGGCCUUCUCAACUCUGCUGACAGCCUCUUUAACUUUGGUUUUUUCUUUACGUGCAGGUGGAUCCAUGACUUGGCUUCUGUAUACUUCUUAGUCAGCUCCGACCUGGAUGGUACAGAAGAAGGCGGAUCUAAAAACAAAAAAAGAAUGAACGAACGAACUUCCAUUCACUAAUGCCCUACCUCAGCCCCUUCCUUUGGCAGGGGAGGCAGACGGGCCCGGGGAAAAGGGAGCUGCAUUGGAGGAGUAAGACCUGAGUCCCACUGCCACCACCUCGCUGGGUGUCUCUAGGCAAAUCUCCUCCCCACUCUGAGCUUUAGUUUCCUCCGUCUGCACAAUGGGACAACAGUCCAUCCCCUGGCCCCCUCCCACGAGCUGCCGUGUGAGCACCAAAUGCGAAGAGCCCUGUGAACGGUUUCCUACACUGUAGCGCGCUGCAUCCAGCGUGGGACUGCCAUAAUUACGAGGACACCGCGACCCAGAGGGACCGACCGGCCGAAGUCUCGAAGCGGGUGGGCGGGGAGCCCAAGACUCGCGCGGCCUCCAGCCUCCGGACCAGGGCUUUCCCACCUCUGCCCUCCCAGAGGGUUACGGCCCGCUCGGCCCGAGGGGCCCGCCCUCCGCCACCGCCCCGCCCGGGCCCAAGCCCGGCCCCAGGAGAGCUCCCCUCCCGCCGCCGCCCACUCCCGGUCCAAAACGGCGGCUGGAGGCGGGCGGCGCUCGGGAGUCGGGCGGCGCUCGGGAGUCGGGGCCUUCCCUCCCGGGUCUCGGGACUCGGACAAGGGCCCAAGGGGGAACCCCCGCCUUCCCCUACCUCCCAGCCUGCAGUACGAGCCUGCCGCGCCUCGGACUGGGCGGGGCUGGGAGGUGGAGGGCGGGCAGGAGCGUCGAGGCCCCGCCCACAGGAAGGGCCGCGCGUGCGCGGAGAGCGUGUCUGGACGCGCCGCAUCGGUGCUGGUGCUGGAGCUGGAGCUGGAGCUGGAGCUGGGGCAGGGUCGGGUGGGUACCAGUAACAAAAGCUUUUCCCGGGAAUACUUUCUGGGACAGACGCUAGGCUUUGAAAGGUGAGAUCUGAAACCUGGGACUAGAAUUGUAACCCUCUGAGCCUCAGUUUUCAAUUCGGAAAGUAGGGAUGAUGAUUGCUGCAUUUUUAAAAAUUAUUAUUAUGUAAUUUAGGCAGUA